CAAAAGAAAAACAUCCAUUUCCGACGUACGAAGCCGAACCCGAAAGUUUUCCUCUCGAGACGAGAGGAGAGGAGAGGAGGAGAGAAACCCUCGGCACGCCUCCGGCGAACGCGACACGAUGGUGGAGACUCGCCGGAGCUCCGCCGCCAAGCGCCCCUCCUCUACGUCACCGCCCCCCGGCUCCCCCUCCGCCUCCGCCCCUCCCCCGAAGCGCCCCAAGGCGGAACCUCCGGCGUCGCCGACGUCGUCUGCGCCCGGAAGGGCCGAGGAGGAUUCGGAGGCGGCCGCGGCCACCAGGAGCGCCGGCUUGGCGGACGACGCCCUGACACCGGCGAUCAAAGAUCAAGGAGGGGAUAAGCGGGCGGCUGCUGCUGCUGCUGAGAGCUCGCGUAGGAGGAAGGAAACGCCACCGCAGCAGCAUGCGGCGCCAUGGGCCAAGCUGCUCUCGCAGUGCUCACAGAGUCCUCAUCUUCCUAUCAGUGUCCCUCAAUUUUCUGUUGGCCAAAGCAAAAGAUGUAAUCUAUUGUUGAAAGACCAAUCUGUCAGCGAAAUACUUUGCAAGCUGCGGCACGUUGAGCAAGGAGGUCCGUGCGAGUUAGAGGUUAUAGGCGACAAGGGUGUGGUCCUAUUAAAUGGAAGGGCCGUAAAUCCAGGCAUGAAAGUUCCCCUUACUGGAGGGGAUGAAGUCGUAUUCAGUUCAUGCGGCAAACAUGCUUAUAUUUUUCAGCAUCCUUUGAAUGAUAAAGUUGCUAAAGCGGUGACAUCAUCAGCCGUUGGCCUUCUAGAACCUCCAGUUGCCGGUGUCAAGCAUAUCCAUAUGGAGAACAGAACAGAAGUCACUUCGACUGUUGCGGGGACAGAGAUGUUAGCAUCCGUAUCGAGUCAAUCGAAGGACCUACCAGCAGUGCCACCUGCAUCAGCUGAGGAGGAGAAUCAGAGAGUAGUGCAACCUAUCAUAUCAUCUGCUUCUGAUAAAUCAAAAGGGCACUGCAUCAGCCCUGAUAAGGAAUGCGAGAAUGGGGAAAACACUAAUGAGGCUAAUUCUAAUAUUGAAGACUCUCCAAUGGAUGUGGCUGCAACCCCCAUAUCUCCUGAUGCUGUUGCUAAUGACACGAGUCGACAAAAUGGCUUUGGAUCUGAUGCUCAUCUUGAUGAAAUCGGUAAGAUUGCAACUUAUAAGAUAAGGCCAGUUCUGAGGAUGAUUGCAGGGUCAACUGUAUCAGAGUUCGAUUUGACUGGUGAUCUUUUUAAAGCUCUUGAAGAUCAGAGGGAUCUCAUCAGGGAUCUUAACACGUCAGCCAGCUUACCUCCGAGCAGAUGCCAAGCCUUUAAGGACGCGAUGAAACAAGGAAUUAUUAGUCCAAGUGAUAUUGAAGUUACAUUUGAGAAUUUCCCCUACUAUCUUAGCGAGAAUACGAAGAAUGUGCUCUUAUCAUGUUCAUUCCUUCAUUUGGAAAAGAAGGAAUUCAUUAAGCAGUUCUCCGAAAUUUCAUCAAUAAACCAGCGAAUUUUAUUAUCUGGUCCAUCAGGUUCUGAGAUUUAUCAGGAAACAUUGAUAAAGGCACUUGCCAAACAUUUUGGUGCUAGACUACUUGUUGUGGAUUCACUCCUGUUGCCUGGGGUGCCUUCAAAGGACCCAGAAACCCAGAAAGAUGUUGGCAAGGCUGAUAAGUCAGGGGACAAGGCAGGUGGUGAGAAAUUGACAAUUCUUCAUAAGCACCGCUCUUCCUUGGCAGACACAAUGCACUUCAGAAGACCAGCUGCACCAACUUCCAGUGUGAAUGCUGAUAUUGUGGGUACAUCCACUCUACAUUCUGCAACUUUGCCCAAACAGGAGUCCUCAACAGCUACAUCCAAGGGCUAUACUUUUAGAGAAGGGGAGAGGGUGAGGUAUGUGGGUCCAGCUCAGACACCUUCAGGCAUACAUCGGGGCCCAAGUUACGGUUAUCGAGGCAGAGUGAUGCUUGCUUUCGAAGAAAAUGGAUCGUCUAAAAUUGGAGUCCGAUUCGACAAGCAGAUCCCUGAUGGUAAUGAUCUUGGUGGUUUGUGUGAGGAAGAUCAUGGCUUCUUCUGUUCUGCUGAAUUGCUCCGCCCAGACUUUUCUGGUAGUGAAGAAGUUGAAAGGCUAGCUAUGACCGAGUUAAUUGAGGUCAUCUCAGAAGAAAGCAAAAUUGGUUCUCUGAUAGUGUUACUAAAGGAUGUAGAGAAAUCAUUCACUGGAAUCACAGAAUCAUUUUCAUCUUUAAGGAACAAACUCGAAUUGCUUCCACCUGGUGUUCUGAUUAUAGGAUCCCACACCCAGAUGGACAGCCGUAAAGAGAAGGCACAUCCUGGUGGAUUUCUUUUUACGAAGUUCGCUAGUAGCAGCCAGACGCUCUUCGACCUUUUCCCGGAUAGCUUUGGUAGUCGGUUGCACGAAAGGAACAAAGAAAGCCCGAAGGCAAUGAAACAUCUAAAUAAACUUUUCCCGAACAAAAUUUCCAUCCAGCUUCCACAGGAUGAAGCAUUACUUACCAGUUGGAAGCAACAAUUGGAUCGUGAUGUUGAAACCCUUAAAGCAAAAUCUAACAUCGGUAGCAUUCGUACGUUUUUGAAUCGCAGUGCAAUCGAAUGCAAUGACCUUGAAGAAUUAUUCAUUAAAGAUCAGUCACUGACUAAUGAAAAUGUGGACAAGAUUGUCGGGUACGCUGUCAGUUAUCAUCUUAAGCACAAUAAAGUCGAAACCUCCAAGGACGGUAAACUUAUUAUCACGAGCGGAAGCCUUAAGCAUGGCCUCGACAUGCUACAGAGCAUCCAUAGUGAUAACAAGAGCUCAAAAAAAUCGUUAAAGGAUGUUGCCACAGAGAACGAGUUUGAGAAAAGGCUUCUGGCAGAUGUUAUACCACCGAAUGAUAUUGGAGUCACCUUUGAUGAUAUUGGUGCGUUGGAGAAUGUAAAGGAAACAUUGAAGGAGUUGGUGAUGCUCCCACUGCAAAGGCCGGAAUUGUUCUGCAAAGGGCAGUUAACGAAGCCUUGCAAGGGAAUAUUGCUCUUCGGGCCUCCUGGCACUGGGAAAACUAUGCUUGCUAAAGCAGUAGCAACUGAAGCAGGCGCCAACUUCAUCAAUAUAUCAAUGUCAAGCAUUACAUCGAAGUGGUUUGGUGAAGGGGAGAAAUAUGUGAAGGCUGUUUUUUCAUUAGCAAGUAAAAUAUCCCCCAGUGUUAUUUUUAUUGAUGAGGUCGAUAGUAUGUUAGGAAGGAGAGAAAAUCCUGGGGAGCAUGAAGCCAUGCGCAAGAUGAAAAAUGAAUUUAUGGUAAAUUGGGACGGGUUGCGAACGAAAGAUAAAGAACGUGUACUGGUUCUUGGUGCCACAAAUAGACCUUUUGACCUGGACGAGGCUGUGAUUAGGAGGUUCCCCCGCAGGCUAAUGGUAAAUUUACCUGACGCAUCAAAUAGAGAGAAAAUUUUGAAAGUUAUUUUAGCAAAAGAAGAGUUGGGACAAGAUACUGAUCUGGAGUCACUUGCUAAUAUGACUGAUGGAUAUUCAGGAAGUGACCUGAAGAAUCUAUGUGUAACUGCAGCGCACUACCCCAUUCGAGAAAUCCUAGAGAAGGAAAAGAAGGAGAAGAAUGUUGCAAAGUCAGAAGGUAGGCCUGAGCCUGCCUUGCAUGGAAGCGAGGACGUCCGUCCUCUUAGUUUGGAUGACUUCAAAUCUGCCCAUGAGCAGGUUUGCGCGAGCGUGUCAUCUGAUUCGGCAAACAUGAAUGAGCUUGUCCAAUGGAACGACCUCUACGGCGAAGGAGGUUCAAGGAAGAAGAAAGCACUGAGCUACUUCAUGUGAGAGCUCUCACAAGAAUGUGCCAUAUUGUACAGUCGCUAUACUACCCCUCCCUCCUCGGCAGGUGCAUCUUGGCGACUUGUCCGGCCAAAACCAGUCGGGUUUUUCCUCCUCUCCCCUUCAGGAGCAGCGGCCGCCUACCAUCCUGAUCCUCCUCCCUCCCGUGUAAUUAAAAUUGUGCACCGAGUCUGGGUUAUUUAUCAGCUUCUGUUUGUUCCUAUUAACUUCAAAAAAGAGAAUCCUCCAUCCUCCUCUCUUGAUCACCUGCCUGUUUGCAGCCAAUUGUCGUUGAGCUUGGCUGUAGGCCCCUUGUGUGCACCUAUGUACAUGUUUAAUGAAAGGGCAUGGAAUAAGAACCUUUUCCUCUUGUA